GUUUCAGAAACGGAAGCUACUUGGGAGAAAAUUAAAUACGCAUGGCAAACUUGGGGAAAAUGUCACAGCACGGUACUAAGAAAAGAAAACUAGACCGGAGUACAGAGGAUUACAUGUACUUUGACAGCUACUCCGAUGUCACCAUUCACGAAGAGAUGAUUGCAGACACUGUGCGCACGAACGCGUACAGAAUGGGCAUUCUUAAAAACAGUAAGUCAAUAGAGGGGAAAGUGGUGCUUGAUGUGGGAGCCGGUACCGGCGUCUUGAGCUUAUUCUGUGCACAAGCGGGUGCCAGGAAGGUUUAUGCAGUCGAAGCGAGCUCGAUUGCCGAUCAGGCUGUGAGAAUCGUAAAACUGAAUCAGAUGGAGGACAGAAUAGAAAUCAUUAAAGCUACACUAGAGACGAUCGAACUAGCCGAACAGGUGGACGUGAUUGUGAGCGAGUGGAUGGGCUACGCGCUCCUCCACGAAUCCAUGCUGAACUCUGUGAUUUAUGCCCGGGAUAAGUGGCUCAAACCCGGUGGCCUCAUAUUACCGUCCCGGGCGGAUCUUUACAUCGCUCCCAUAAACGAUCUGGUGGUGGAGGGCAGAUUGAAUUUUUGGAGCACCGUUAAAGGACAGUACGGCGUGGACAUGUCCUGCAUGACCGACUUUGCCAGGAAGUGCAUCAUGAACAAAGACAUCACUGUGAAUCCGGUGACGGUGGAGGAUGUGCUCUCCCACCCGUGCAAGUUUGCCGAGCUGGAUUUGAACACAGUCACACUCGAGCAGCUCAGAGAUGUGAGGGGAGUGUUUCGCUGCCAGUGUUUCGGCUCGUCCUCCAUUCACGCCUUGUGCGUGUGGUUCACCGUGACUUUCCCCGCUGAGGAGAAGGCCCUGGUGCUCUCCACAUCUCCAUUUAAACCAGAGACGCACUGGAAGCAGGCUGUGCUGUAUCUGGACGAUGCUGUGGAUGUGAUGCAGGACACUAAUGUUGAGGGGGAGAUCAGUUUGUAUCCCUCAGAGGAGAAUUCUAGACACAUAUGCAUCCAUGUGGACUAUGUGAUAGGUGAACAGAAGAAACACUCCAAAACCUUUACUAUUCCUGAUCAGUAUUUAGAAGUUAAAUAAAGUGCGGCCGUUACAUAGCCUAUUUGCAGUUUACCUAGUCAAACAAUUAAGGAAUGCUGGUUGUUUUUAUGGGAAUUUGGAAUUAACGUAUUUUAAUAAAGAGUCCUGGAUACACUGAAAUUCCUAUUUUCACGCAUAGAAUUUAAGUUUAUCCAAUAGGAUCUUCUGUUGGUCUGGCAAUGACUCAUUAAAAUAAUUUGUGAUUAGCUUGAAAUUAUGGUAAUAAAUGAUAAAUUCCAUCAGCAUUCCUUUUUUUUUUUUUGGUUUGUUUGUUUUUGUUUCACACAUGACGUACUUUUCACUACGAAAUAUUCCUUGAAGUUGUAUGAAGUGUCUUGGGGGGCGGGGAAUCAGGUUUAAACUCCUGUCUUUGGACAGCACAUGUGCAAAGUUAUGCAAAAUAAACAUUGUUUGCCUGAGCUCUGUAAUGUUGCUUAUUGUGUAAAAAAAAAAAAA